AUGGAGAACGAGCCAUGCCGCAUUCCCCGGCGCUCUCAGAGCCAUGGCACCCUGCGGACCAACUAUUCACGCCACGCUCGCCCAGCACAUAAGCCAUUAGGCAGAGUCAACGAGAAUUCUGCUCUGUUAUCUUCUUCGGCUGCCUUGGGGGGCAUGUUGAAGACCACGACCGAAACUGGUGACAUUGGUCUAUACAGCAUCAACUCAGUACCCAGUACAGCUUUCGGCUUGGCUUCUGCAUCCAGAGGUUCUGCAAUGAGAAGAUACCCACCGCCUCCUCAUCGUCGCCCCCCUCGCUCAUCAAUCGAUGGAUCCAGUCGUCCUGAAAGCUACAAGAGAAUUCACCCGUCAAAUCGAGAUACCACGUCUGAAAUCAUCUCCAUGUAUGGUUCCAACAGCCAAAGUUCAGUCACAAGCACCCGGGCCACAUCGUCGGAUGAGCAUGGGCAGCGAUCGCAAUCCAUGACCACUGUCGGAUCUAGACAUUUAUCGCACAACAAGUCCAACGCUACUUUGCAAAGUCAAGCAAGCUCGGGGCCUCUGCAGCGACCUCGAUCUCCUUUUCCAUAUCCUACUAGGUUGCGACGACCAGGAGCUCGUCCAGUCUCGCCUGCUGUAACAGAGGCUGGAAUCGUGGACUAUAGUCGCAUGGUGGAAAUUGACAGGAUUUCUCUGAGAACAGGAUAUGGCCCUCUCAAAUCGACGUACCCUCAUGCUCACCAUAGACCGCCUUUAGGAGUUCGCCCUGAGGCAAAUCUGUCUACACCUUCUCUGCACAGCCAUAGGCCGCCUCCUAUGCGCCGGCCUCCAGGGACCCCAUCUCUACGGACUAUAUCUGCAGCUUCAGUUGCAUCGUGGGCUGCAAGCAAUUCAAAUUUCCCAAGCAGAGUUGACAGUUACUCAUCGAGAACCUCAAGUCUGACCUCUGUGGUCAACAUGUAUUAUCGCAUGCCCCCUGCGCUCAAGGCCGCACAUUUGGGUAGCCUAGCUCCGCCUCCACGGUACUACGACUAUACUGAAGAAUUCGAAACCAAACAAAUACCAGCGGAGCCACCGAUCGAGCGUGUAGCCUCUGUUACGACCAGGGCACCAACUGCCGUUCAGUGCCCACUCCCGUUGGUCUUGAGAGAGGGAUCUGAGGAAGAACUUGCCAACAUCUUUGGAAGCCAAAUUGAUUCAGCAUUUGGCGAGGAUGAUAGCCAACCGGACGAAUCUCAGGCCGAAACGGAGCCCCAUCUGUUGAGUGAUGUGCAAUUCGAAGACCUCGUUGCAAAUGAUCAAACUGCUCCACAGGCUCAACCUACUCCGGACACAAGCGGACAGAACGAGGGGCUCAUUUGCAGGCCCGCACUUGGCCCUGAGAAAAUGAGCAGAGGCAGCGACAUUGAUCUGCUGCCAUCUCAGAUUGGCAGGUCAUCUGUAGACACUUUUCGGCCUAGUCUAGACAUAGAGUCCAAGGGAGCCCAGAUCUUCGAUUAUCCAAAGUUGCGCCAAAGUGUGUCUCAACAGACUAAUACACCGUCGCCGGCCCGGCAAGUCCAAGUCCAUGGCGGCAAAACCCCAACAAUCAAGAGUGAACAGGGUGUCAUAUUCAGGGAUUAUCCGGAUGAAGGUUUAGCGACGCAUGAUGAGUGCAGACAAGAUUGUAUUGACGCCACACAGGAAGUUGAGGAUGCCCAUAUGGAUCCUCUACGAGGUCCGAGUAGAUGGCUUUCGAGAUCCGACGCGGCUCUGGAGCAUCCCAAUCCGACUUGUGAUGAAAGGGAACACUUUCAAGAUCCUCGGCGCUGCUUUGCAAUAACAGAUCCCGCAAAUUUGGAUUGUCCCUCAGCCACGAAGAUUAUCAUGCCAAAAGGUUCUUCGGAGAGAAGCGAAAGCUCUUCGACUCCAUCGAAAGAUCCGACACUCUUCAACAGAAUCCUUUCAGCUUCCCCGUCAGAGCAUGCCAUUAUCAUCGAGUCUCAACCAAGAUCAGAGAGUGCCCAGGAUAUGCCACUGGAGAGUAGAUCUAACAACAGGCGACAACGGGUAAAUCUGAGGCUUGAACUCAAUAUGGACUUCCCAUCACAGGAGGACCUAACUACUCCACAGCUUACACCAUCGUGUUCCUUGACACCCUUGACUGCCCCCAAGCCCAUAUCGCCAGUACGAGAGCUGAGAUUGAAGAACAGUAUCCCACACUUGAUGAAGGCGCUACCACCACUUCCUGGCGACCAUGGGUAUGUGUCACCGUCCCCCUCAACAGUUUUGGAUGAUGAGGAUGAGUACACCCAGAUCUUGACGCCUUAUGUAAGCUUGGACGAUCGCAACGCUGUCCGGAAACCAAGACUAUCAUUCAGUCUACGUAAGCCUUUGCCAGACAUUCAGAAGAAGCUUCCAAGGAUCCGUUUGAAGUCAAAAGGGCCCGGUUCGGUACACAUGCAUACAAACAGAGAGUCGAGACCCUGGAACUCCGAUAGCAACUAUCCUUGGUGUAAUGACAGUCCUGUUAUUGAGCUGGGUGGAACUCCCAUAGGAGAGUGCCAUCAUACGUCGCUUGGACGGCGACUCAAAUUGAAAGUUCCCCAGGACUCACCAGCUAGUACUGUACGCCGCCAUCCCGAGGCGCACCGUUCAGAGCCUAUUGAAUGGAUACCCUAUGAGCAGCCACAAGAUCUAUUCAGCUUCUCGAAUGCGAUCGGGUCGGCCUUUCGCCAAGCCGGACGAAAGAUUUCCCAAGGAUCAACCCAGACUUCAAUAUUGAAGAAGAAUCGGAACGUGUCAUCGCCAUUAGUCCAGGACAGAAGUGAUCAAAAGUCAGCCGUGACGUCUUCCGGGAACACGUCGACCCUGAAGCGAAGGAAGGAAAGGACUAAUCUUGCCAGAAGACCCAUUGUGGAUCGAGGUUUGUCCACAGAGCAGCAUCGGGGACUCCGGAAACGCGUCUCUAAUCUGAAGUGGCUUUUGACUCGUGAUGUAGAUGUGAAGACAUACCAUCAAGCAACCGAAGAAACGAAGCUUUUGCAUUCGGAGAGACAGGACGACCUAAACAGAACGACUGGGCUGAACACUCUCAAGGUAUCAGGCGACAAUGUCAGAUCUAGUCAGCCUCGCAUCAACUUUGGCGACGAGAAGCCACGAUUCAGAAGACGUGUCAAGGCCAAAAUUUCAAAAUGGAUGCGAGGAACCAGAGUUGCCUUGGUCCAAGUUCGCAGGAGUACUCGUAUGGAACCAGCCCUAUAA